AUCCGGAAGGAUAUUUAAAUACACUAUAAGAACUCCACUGGCGUCUAUGCAUGAAAGCUUGAUUAUUGCAACACAUUUAUUGUAAGCAGUAAAAUGACAUUUUUAAGACAAAGCUUACGUUUUUCGCGGCUGCCGUUUAUGUGCUGGAGGUGCAGGAGAUAUUCAUCUGCUCAUACUGGAGCCGUGGAGCGCGCCAUUGCGGCGUUUCGCGCGGUCAGUGGAGAUGAAGGCGUGUCUGUAGGUUUAGCUGUGAGAGAACAGCACGGGAGAGAUGAGUCCGUGCACAGAUGUCAACCACCAGAUGUGGUGGUAUUUCCCCGGUCUGUGGAGGAGGUCAGCGCUCUCGCCAAAAUUUGUCACCACCAUCGAUUACCCGUCAUCCCCUUUGGCACUGGAACGGGCUUGGAGGGAGGAGUUGGUGCUCUGAAGGGUGGUGUGUGUUUUAGCCUUAGGAAGAUGGACCAAGUGCUUGAUCUUCACCAGGAAGACUUUGAUGUAACUGUGGAGCCGGGCGUGACACGCAAAGGCUUGAAUGCAUAUCUGCGUGACACCGGCCUCUGGUUUCCCGUUGAUCCAGGUGCCGAUGCUUCUCUCUGCGGCAUGGCUGCAACGAGUGCCUCAGGCACCAACGCGGUCCGCUACGGUACAAUGCGUGAAAACGUCCUGAACUUGGAGGUGGUGCUUGCAGAUGGUAGAGUCCUCCAUACAGCAGGAAAGGGGCGUCGCCCAAGAAAGACUUCAGCCGGUUACAACUUGACAAACCUAUUUGUGGGAUCAGAGGGAACUCUGGGUAUUAUUACUAAAGCCACGCUCCGGCUAUACGGUAUUCCCGAGAGCAUGGUGUCAGCUGUUUGCUCUUUUCCAUCAGUCCAGUCAGCGGUGGACAGCACUGUAGAGAUCAUGCAGGCUGGAGUGCCCAUUGCCCGCAUAGAGUUUUUGGACGACGUGAUGAUAAACGCCUGCAAUCGCUUCAACAACCUGUCCUACGCUGUAGCACCAACUCUCUUCCUGGAGUUUCAUGGAAGUUCAAAGAGCAUGGAGGAGCAGGUGUCCAUCACAGAGGAGAUCACGCGGGAAAACGGGGGCUCGGAUUUUGCCUGGGCGGAGGAUGAGGAGAUUCGUGGCCGACUGUGGAAAGCCCGUCAUGACGCCUGGUACGCUGCCCAGGCCCUGAGGCCAGGCUGUAAGGCGUACUCUACAGACGUCUGUGUACCGAUUUCUCAGCUACCACAGAUUAUAGUGGAAACCAAAGAGGAUUUAAUCAAGAACAGUCUCACGGGUCCGAUCGCAGGACAUGUGGGUGAUGGGAACUUUCAUUGUCUAAUGGUGCUGGAUCCCAAUGACCCAGAUGAGGUGCAGAGGGUUCAUGACUUUGCACAGAGACUGGCCAGGAGGGCAUUGGAAAUGGAUGGAACUUGUACCGGUGAACACGGAGUAGGUCUAGGAAAGCGGACCCUUCUCCAGGAAGAGGUCGGACCCCUUGCUAUAGAAGUCAUGCAGGGUCUGAAGGCAGGCUUGGACCCUAAUGACCUCAUGAAUCCUGGGAAGGUGUUAUAGGUGUAGAUGCACUGCAGUUUAUGCAAACUAGAUGUCACGAAUAUGAGGUUUGUUUUCUAGUUAGAUGUUAUAAGAUGGGGUGUUGAUUCUGGGAAGAAACAUGGUUUCAAUCACAACACAAUUUGCACAUAGAAAAAAUGUUGACUCAUCACGUCUAUAUAUAUAUUAAUCUUUGCACGAUUAAAGCCACAGUAUGUAAGAUUUUUGUAAUAAUAUAUCUAAAAACCACAUGCACAAUGUGAUAUAUUUAAUUGAGUUGUGUACUUGCAUUAUCCCAAAAGUUGCCAAGGAUUUUUGUAAAUCCAGAGAAAUUCCUAUUUUAAAUAACAGCUCAUCCCUCGUCUCUUUUCUAAUCGUCUCCCUUUCAGUGACUUAAUAUCUGCGCUAUCCUGAGCUUCCGGUUGUAGAAACUAUGGCAACAUGAGUGGACAAAUGCAAUAGUGGCGGUUAUACAGCAUCUAACACGCAGCUGUUGGGCCUUGCAGCUAAUUCACUAUGAUGGCAUAAAAUAAUGAUCAAACAUGCAGAUAAAAGUCUCUUGAUGGUAAAAACAAAACUUCCCAACCACUCCUUCAUAACGUCAUUAAUUAAGCUUCGCCUUGGUUAUUGUGAAAUAGCAACCUCUAGUGGUGCAAAUCCUACAUAUUGUGGCUUUAAAGGGACACUCCACUUUUUAGAAAAUUUGCUCAUUUUCCAGCUCCCCUAGAGUUAAACGUUUGAUUUUUACUGUUUUGGAAUCCAUUCAGCCGAUCGCCAGAUCUGGCGGUACCACUUUUAGCAUAGCUUAGCAUAAACCAUUGAAUCUGAUUAGACCAUUAGCAUCACUGGCAACAUGAGUUAAUCAAAGACUAUGCUGCCGUAAGAUGGCUGCAGGAGGCGCAAUGGUAUUACGCAUUGCCCAAAAAUAGUCUCCUGCUAUUGAAAGUAACCAAGGGGACUAUUUUUGGUCGCUGGAUAAUAUCAAGAGUUAAGUUUUAAAUAGGAAAAAUAUCGAAACUCUUUGGUCAUUUUUGAGUGCAAUGCUAAUGGUCUAAUCAGAUUCAAUG